UCGGGGUUGGACGGUUGAACCCUUGGAGUGCCCCCUCAGCAAUUUUUUUUAACCAAACGACAUCGUUACUGCUACUUGUUCUUUCUUGCCCUUUCGUUUAUCAGGUUGCUCGCACGAACCCUUAAAAUCUAAACGAAGCUAUUUCUGAUCACUUCAAUUUCAAUUACCUCGUCUCGUAUCUCUUAACAUUCUCACUGAAUCGAUUUUGAAAGAAGAAAAGAUGGUGUACGGGCAGGUGGUGAUUGGUCCGCCGGGUUCCGGCAAGACCACUUACUGCAACGGCAUGUCUCAGUUCCUCAGACUCAUUGGAAGGAAGGUUGCGGUUAUCAAUUUGGAUCCUGCUAAUGACGCAUUGCCCUACGAAUGCGCUGUGAACAUUGAGGAUCUUAUAAAACUAAGUGAUGUAAUGGCGGAGCAUUCUCUGGGUCCAAAUGGAGGCCUUGUGUAUUGUAUGGAUUAUCUGGAGAAAAAUAUUGAUUGGUUGCAAUCAAAAUUGGAACCUCUUGUGAAAGAUCACUAUCUUCUCUUUGAUUUUCCCGGCCAGGUGGAACUAUUUUUCCUUCACGCCAAUGCCAAGACAGUUAUCAUGACACUCAUAAAGAAUUUGAACCUGAGGUUGACUGCAAUGCAUUUAGUUGAUGCCCAUCUUUGCAGUGACCCUGGGAAGUAUGUUAGUGCAUUGCUUCUCUCUUUGUCAACCAUGCUACAUCUAGAGCUCCCACACAUUAAUGUCUUAUCCAAGAUUGAUUUAAUUGAGAGCUACGGAAAACUAGAUUUCAAUCUCGACUUUUAUACCGAUGUGCAAGAUUUAUCUUAUUUACAGUACCAUAUUGGUCAGGAUCCUCGCUCUGCCAAGUACAGAAAACUAACUAAGGAGCUAUGUGAUGUUAUAGAGGACUUCAGUCUUGUUAAUUUUACAACCUUAGAUAUUCAGGACAAAGAGAGUGUUGGGAAUCUAGUGAAGCUGGUAGACAAGAGCAACGGGUACAUUUUUGCUGGCAUAGAAGCAAGUGCAGUUGAAUUCAGCAAGAUUGCAGUUAGUCCUCUUGACUGGGAUUAUUACAGAGUUGCUGCAGUGCAAGAGAAGUACAUGAAAGAGGACGAAAAUUCUGAUUUACAAUGAUUGAUGGAAAAGCUCUGUUUUGAAGCUUUCUCGACUGUUUUUCACUGCAGGUGUUACAAAGGGUUCUUAGCGACCGAUUUUGUAAUGUUGGGCAAGUAACUUAUGGGUGGAAGAUUCAGAAAAGACAGAUCAAAUUUGCAGAAACCAGCUUCUUCUUCCUCCCUCAUCAUGCCCCUUUCUUAAAAGUAGGGGCUAAACCAACUCUUAUGUGACUUUAUUUUUGUAACAUAAUUUAAAAGGGUUGUGCA